AUGAGUCGAGGACAGUGCGCGAUUGUUGCAGCGUCGAGCGAGAUGGUGGAGGCAGACAAGCGAGAGCUGGACGAUGCAGGAGAGGUCUACAUCCCCAUCAAGAAGCGGCGAGAGCUGCAGCUGCAGCAGCUCGCAGGUAAGACGGGCUCAGCAAGCCGACUGAGAGACGCAAGGCACGGUGAUCUGUCCGACGAUGAGCCAGAGGUCGUCAUCAGGCAGUCGACGACAGGCAGACCGGCUGCUCAGACGCUCCUACAAGAAGCUCAAGAGGUCAAGCGAGUCAAGGCGGAGAGCGAUGCUACCAAGACGAGCAGCCAGAGAAAGGACGAAGAGGAGGCAGCACUCUUGCAGUCGAUUGCCAACAAGAAGAAGCUCGCUUCCGAUCUCGAGCUGGCCAAGGGGAUCGUCUACAGAGAGCCACUCAAGACUAGCUGGCGAGCACCGCGAUAUAUCAGAGAACGGACUGAAGUCGAGCACGAGGCGAUCAGGACAAAGUUUCACAUCCACGCAGAGACAACAGCAGAGGAUGACGAGAUCCCUCCGCCCAUCCCCACGUUUGCAGAGAUGAAGCUACCCCGGCCAAUCCUCAAACACCUCAAAGCCAAGAAGAUCCUCGCGCCUACACCUAUCCAGCUCCAAGGCAUUCCCGUCGCUUUGCAAGGACGUGACAUGAUAGGCGUCGCCUUCACAGGAUCGGGGAAGACGCUCGCAUUCUCGCUGCCUCUGCUCAUGUUCGCCGUUGAAGCCGAAAAGAGACUACCUUUUACUUCCAGCGAGGGACCGAUUGGCGUCAUCAUCUGUCCCUCUCGAGAACUCGCGAGACAGACCUACGAAGGUCUGCUCGAGAUGGCAAAGGCCCUAGAGUACGAUGGCUAUCCACAAGUCAACACACUCCUCGCUAUCGGCGGCCUAGACAUGAGAGAGCAGCAACACGUCUUUGCAAAGGGCGUCCACAUGGUCGUCGCUACGCCUGGCAGAUUGCAAGAUCUGCUGAGCAAGCAAAAGAUCAACUUUGAUUCUUGCAAAUACCUCUGCAUGGACGAAGCCGACAGGAUGAUCGAUAUGGGCUUCGAAGAGGACGUGCGAAAUAUCAUGUCUUUCUUCAAGCAUCAAAGGCAGACUCUGCUCUUUUCGGCUACUAUGCCCGCCAAGAUAAGGGACUUUGCCCAAGCAUCACUCAUCAAGCCCAUCAUCGUCAACGUUGGACGAUCGGGCGCUGCCAAUCUCGACAUCAUCCAAGAAGUAGAAUACGUCAAGCAAGAGGCAAAGAUGGUCUACUUGCUCGAAUGCUUGCAAAAGACGCCACCGCCCGUCAUCAUCUUCAGUGACAACAAGAACGAGGUCGACGAUAUACAAGAGUAUCUGCUACUCAAAGGCGUCGAGGCCGUUGCCAUUCACGGCAGCAAGACACAGGAAGAGCGAGAAUAUGCCAUCAAGUCGUUCAAGUCUCAUGCUCGCGAUGUCCUCGUCGCAAGCGGUGUCGCUUCCAAGGGAUUGGACUUUGCAGAGAUACAGCAUGUCAUCAAUUUCAGUAUGCCAAAGGAAAUCGAAGACUACGUCCAUCAGAUCGGUCGUACUGGACGAUCCGGCAAGACAGGCAUAGCAACGACAUUCGUCAACGUCAACACAUCAGAGCCGACCUUGCUCGAUCUCAAGUAUCUCCUCCUGGAAGCUAAGCAGCGCGUCCCGCCCUUUUUGCUCCAGAUCGAUGAUCCCAAUGCCGGCGCACUCAGCAAGCCUUGCGGCGUCUGUGGCGGUCUGGGCCAUUACAUGCAAGACUGUCCCAAGCUGGCAGACAAUCAACGCAGGAUACAGAGCUCACACAUUGGUGGCGAAAGGGAUCGUGGCGGUGGAUCUUACUAG